AUGGCUGUUCGCGCACAAUUCGAGAAUUCUAAUGAAGUUGGAGUCUUUUCAACGUUGACAAACUCGUAUGCCAUCGUUGCCAUUGGAGGAUCGGAGAACUUUUACAGUGUAUUCGAAGCUGAAUUACAAGACGUGAUUCCUAUUUGCCAUGCUACAAUUGCUGGAACUCGCAUAGUUGGCCGAUUAACGGCGGGAAACCGCAAGGGUCUUCUUGUGCCCACAUCCACGACAGAUCAAGAAUUGCAACAUUUGCGAAAUUCGAUCCCAGACACAGUCAAGGUUCAACGAGUCGAAGAGCGGCUGUCUGCCUUGGGUAAUGUGAUAUGUUGCAAUGACCAUGUGGCGCUGAUACAUCCUGAUUUGGAGCGGGAGACGGAGGAAAUAAUUGCAGAUGUCCUCGGCGUAGAAGUAUUCCGACAGACGGUGGCGGACAACGUGCUCACAGGAUCAUACAUGGCGCUCUCCAACCAAGGCGGAAUCGUGCACCCCAAGACGUCCAUUCGAGACCAAGACGAGCUCUCGUCGCUCCUGCAAGUGCCGCUUGUCGCUGGCAGUGUGAAUCGCGGCAGUUCUGUGGUCGGUGCCGGGAUGGUGGUGAAUGACUGGCUUGCCGUGACGGGUCUGGACACGACGGCGACAGAGCUGAGUGUGGUUGAAAGCGUGUUUCGACUGGGAGAGAUGGGAGCCAAGGGAUUGGGUACGGGCAAUGUGAAUAAAGAGAGUAUUGUGGAGAGUUUCUAUUAG